AUGUCAUCCUUCUCUGUAGCCGCCAAGUCUAUGGUCGAGCAACCCAGCUAUCCAAACCUUCAGUUCGCCGCCGUCUGUUGGUGUUUUUUCUUGGAGGGAUGGAACGAUGGAACGACGGGUCCACUGAUCCCUGUCAUUCAAGAGUCUUACCAUAUCAACUUCGCCAUCGUUUCUUUACUCUUCGUUUUCAACUGCAUUGGCUUUAUCGUUGGUGCUGGAGCGAACGUAUAUCUUAAUGAAAGAUAUGGCUUAGGGAAGGUCAUGUUCAUUGGUUCACUGUUUCAAGUCGUGUCAUACGCGCUGGAGAGCCCACAACCACCCUUCCCGGUUAUGGUCCUGGCGUACAUUUUGGCUGGUUUCGGCAUAUCAUUACAAAAUGCUCAAGGUAACGGCUUCGUUGGUAGUCUUAAAGAACAUAAAACGACGAAACUCAAUAUGCUUCAUGCUGCAUACGGCAUGGGCGCGUUCGUUUCUCCAUUAGUUGCAACCCAGUUUUCAUAUGAACGUCACUGGUCGUAUCACUUCCUCAUCUCCACCGGCAUCGCGGUCUCGAAUUCGGUUGUCCUCGCAUUGGUAUUCCGCUUCAAGACGCAAGAGGUUCUCCUCGCGGAGGCGGGCCAGGAGCCUGGUGAGUCUGAUGCUGCAGGAUCACGGGGCACAAACUUGUACAGAUCGAUCCUUAACAUCAAAGCCGUACAUUUCCUUGCCAUUUUUGCCCUCAUCUAUAUCGGCACUGAGGUUACUCUGGGUGGCUGGAUUGUUACGUUUGUUAUCAAUGAAAGAGAAGGUGGCAAGAACGCGGGAUACGUCUCAUCUGGUUUCUUUGGUGGACUGACUCUGGGCCGAUUGUGCCUUAUAUGGUUCAGCAAGAAGGUUGGAGAGCAUCGCGUCGUCUUUGUGUAUACUCUACUCGCCAUAGCACUGGAAUUGACCGUGUGGUUUGUUCCUUCCAUCAUCGAGAACGGAGUUGCAAUCUCCUUUGUCGGUUUACUACUAGGGCCCAUGUUCCCGAUACUCGUCUGUCACGCGGCACGGAUCUUACCCGCGUGGCUGCUGACUGAAAGUGUCGGGUGGAUCACCGGGGUCGGUAUGUCGGGAUCGGCGGCCCUGCCUUUCUUCACGGGUUUAUUAGCAUCUCGUUAUGGAAUUCGGUCAUUACAGCCAUUAGUCGUUUCGAUGAUGUGCACGCUGGUGGGCGUCUGGGCACUUGUACCGAGGACAAGACGCAUAGACUGA